AGCCGCGAAAACUACGUCACGAGUGACGGAUUCGGUCGAAACUGGGACAAAGUGCAGUGCACUCUGGCAUUGCGCUUUACCACCAGGUGUUUCUAUGCCGUAAUCUUCCCAGGAUUGGGUAAUACUCGUAUCGUUGCACCUCGCUCUCUCGAAUAACCCGGAGUUACAUUCUCUCCGUCUCUCUCUCCGUCUGUCGCGCGCGUAUCGCGAAUUGCUCCAACUGACAGCGCACCUGACAGAGAGACACGAGUAUCGACGACGGAGAGAGAGCUGACGGGUAAAAGGAGGCAUCGAACGCGCAAAAGACUCCCGUUAGAUGACGGAUUCAGUAUAGUCCUUCCGCUUGAUAACAUGUCAGAUGGGGUUGAUGGUGGUGGUGGGGAAAACGAGGUAGACUCUCAUUCCUCUUCGCACGCUGAGGCUGGAGACUCUUCCAAUCAUAGAGAGGAAGAGGCGUUAGAUCCUGAUAACGAGGCAGCACUCAAUACCAAUUAUGAUAGUAGCGACGGAGCUGUCCCUGCAUUUAGAUGCGAUAGGUGUGAUAAUUAUGAAACUAUAAACAAGACAGCUUUCUCCGCUCAUCAAGAUCAAUGUCUGGCAAGCGGCGAGGCCGGAGAGAGCGCUGAGGGUAUAGAAGGCGCAGAGAAUGAAGGAGAUGGGGAAGAGGGCCAUUCAGGGAUGAGGUCUCACAGAAAGAUGUUUGAAUGCGAUGUCUGUAAUAUGAAAUUUUCAAAUGGAGCUAACAUGAGACGGCACAAAAUGAGGCAUACAGGCGUAAAACCGUACGAGUGUCGGGUAUGUCAGAAGAGAUUCUUUCGGAAAGACCAUCUUGCGGAACACUUUACGACACAUUCAAAGACUUUGCCAUACCAUUGCCCGAUAUGUAACCGUGGUUUUCAAAGACAGAUCGCGAUGCGCGCUCAUUUUCAGAACGAACAUGUCGGUCAGCACGAUAUGGUCAAAUCGUGUCCUCUCUGCAACUAUCGGGCAGCGACUAUGAAAUGUCUUAGAUUGCACUUCUUUAAUAGACAUGGAAUAGAUUUAGAUAAUCCUGGACCAAAUAGCUCUACAUCCUUAAUGAAUAGUUGCACAUCCGGAGAAGCGAUGCCUUCGGCACCUCUAUCCGAUAGCGGGGACAGCACUGGCAAUCGUUCGACCGACAACGCUACGCCUCCCAUGCAUUUUCUCACGCCUCACGUGGAGAUAUCCAUUCCUUACCCCGAACAGGCUGCCAAUCAGCGAAAUCCGAGUCCUGCUCCAUUGAACGGAGACAGUCCCAAUAGCCCGCAGAGCGCCGACAGCAAUAGCAACGCGCCGAGCAGUAGUCAUCAUCAAUUAGCUAUCAAUAGUAGCACCAUUCAUAGAAACGUAGGCGGAGGCGAUGAAGCGAUUACACCAUCAAUCUCUCUGAUACCCAUCAAACAGGAACCGAAUAGCAACGGUAUGGACGAUAGCGGGGCGACGUCGAGCAAUCUGCCAUUGCCAUCGCUAAUCAAAGUGUCGCCGUUGAAGUCGCUGUUGCGCGACGAUCUACGCCGCAAGCUCUCCACCAGUUCUGCCAAUAACAACAACAACAGCAGUAACAAUAGCAGCUGCGGCAGCGCCAUUCCGCAUUCGAGGGGUGAACCGCCCACCUCGACCAGGCCGGAUCCACGCACGAGCGGACUCCAGUGUACCCACUGUCGCAUCACGUUUCCGGAUCAGACAUUAUACUUCCUUCACAAAGGUUGUCACAGCGAGAGUAAUCCAUGGAAGUGCAAUAUUUGCGGGGAGCAGUGCUGUAAUUUGUACCAAUUCAACUCGCAUUUACUGAGCAAGAGUCAUCAGUAGCUGGGAGGAGAAGAUAGAGAAAAAGAGAGGUACCUGCGGCUAAAAUUCGUCUUUCCCCUUUUCGUUUCUUCUUCUUCCCUCCCACUUCUUCGUUGAACGAAAGAAAACGGCAGGAGAAUCGGUACGUAUCUUGUACGUAUGUUCAGUGUUCAUUAGUAUGAAAGUGCAAGUAUUUUCUGCGAUAUGUGUCUAGGCAUACUCUUAAUCAUAAAAUACUUUUGCAAAUUGCAAGAAUGCGCCCGUCCCUCCUUCCGCUAAAGCAUAAAGGCCAGUCAAUUGUAAAUUAUAAAUUUAAAAUUAUUUUUAAAAUUUGAGGAAGAGUAUGUCUGCUCUCUCAGAAAAUAAUGUACAAAGCGCGACAAAUUGUGCCUUUUCUUUAAAAGAGAAAGAAAAUUUCGAGAAAGAAAAAAGAAAUUGCCAACACAUACUCGUCCAUCAUGCUGUUAUAUUGUACGAACUAUCCGUCCAUAGGGCUUUAUUGAAAUAUUCCGAGCUCUAUCAUUAGUCUUAAAUUAGUGAAAUAAGUAUAGAAACGCGCGACAAAGCUUUUCGCAGAUUGCCCUGUCGAUAAUUGUGAGA